AUGAGCUCUUUCCGCAUCGGUAACGAGGGCCGUGCCUUCCGAACCGUCGGCUCCCUGAAGUGGGACUUUGUAUCGCUUCAGUUUUCUGCACAGCAAAACCGAUUGAUAUGGCCCUUCCUAUGGUGGUGGAGAGUGCUCCCUCCUCUUAUCUAUUCUCGCUGCGUGAACCAAAUACCUCAAGAGCCUUUGAUAUACACCUCUGGAGAUUGGAAACUUUCAAGCGAGUAUUGGCAAGGUUUGUGUCCUCCAGGUUGCAAAGCACUCAUCCCAAGGUACGGAAGCGUCCAACUUGUUCCAUAA